CUGUUUUACUGUACAACUCUCGAUGGCCAAUCUCAGUUUGCCGUUUGCUGUAGAACAAGAGUAUCGCUUCCCUCGCCGGUUACAGUGACAGUUUCAAGCCUGACUAGUUCAGCUCAGUCGUUCGUUUUCUCGUAAUUGAAAAUCGUUCCAAUGAUGAAUUCAAUUGAUUGCUAUAACACCUUUAUCAAAACCAAGCACGGGAAACGUGAUGUGAAUGCAAACAAUUUUAAUUCCUUGUAUGCGACCUCAGAUAAGGGAUAUCAAAAAACCGAUGAAGCAUGCGCAAUACGGUUGCGAUUCCCCACAAAAAUUCCUAUUAUUGUCGAUCGAUAUGCCCGCGAAUAUGAAUUACCAUAUUUGAAUAAGAGGAAGUUUCUCGUCCCGCAAGAAAUAACGAUGGCACAGUUCCUCUUAAUUAUAAGGAAUCGACUCAACAUUAGUCAUAACAAAGCAUUGUUCCUGCUCGUUAACAAUCGAACAUUGGUACCGAUGAGCAAGUCAAUUACGGAGGUGUAUGAGCAGCACAGGAGCGAUGAUGGAUUUUUGUAUAUGACAUACACAUCACAGGAAGUGUUUGGUUGAUCUUUGCACGCUCGAUUGCGUCUUAUACGAUUUGUGUUCAGGUUGAGAACGAAUGAUUCCAUGGCGUACGUGUUUUUGUAGAAGUAUCUUAAGUCAUCCCAUCCUUCUUGCCGAUAUUGUUAUUAUUAUUAUAAACUGACAUUAUUCAUAUUUUAGAUCACUGAAGCACUCCUCACAAAUUUCAAAUAUGUUUAUAUUGUGAUAUUUUAGAUAUAGGACCAACUUUUUAGUGGUUUAAAUAAUCAAAUGAGAUUCUAGAUAUAAAAAUAACUGAAAUUAGUAUUAAUUUGUCAAUAAACUACUGUUUUAUUAUAUAAGAA